CUCCCAAUUCCAAAACUUAAAUGAAAGCGUCAACAAAUCAUAAAUAUAAUAUUCCAUUUUGAUAUUAUUAGUAAAUAUAUAAAGAGUUGUAAUUCAACAGUACUCCUACUUGCUACUUCCCAAGCCUUAUACAAUUUCUUCUCCCAACUGUGAAUUGAACCUCAUCUACAUACAUUAAUUCAAAUACACUGUUUUUGCAUGCAACUCAAAUUUUAAUUUAUCUUUUUUCCUUAUUUGUCUUUUUGUUCUUCUAUCUAGAUUGUAACGAAGUGAAAAAUCUCUCCUUUACCACCGCUUCAGUGCUUCAACCUCUCUAUAUAUAACAAACACACACAACUUAGAAAUUCUCACUUUUUUUCUCUUUUUCAUAUCUUUCAUUUUGAGAAAAAAUGGCUAAUUCUAAGAGUGGUGUGAAAAACCAGACUGCUCUGCUUGCAGCAGGGCACUGGUUGAUUCUUUCUGUAGCCAUUAAUGUGGGGCUUUUAUUAAAGCUGAUUCAUGACGGGAAUUUGAGAAUAGACUGGUAUGGCCAGCAGAAUGUUCAAGACAAUGGUGGUCGCCACUCUUCUUAUGCUGCUGAGCGGAAGCCGGAUGGGCAAAUUCAGAAUGAGUACAUAAAUUUGGAUCAUGGUGAUCCAACUAUGUACCAGAGUUACUGGAAGCAGAUGGGUGACAGAACCGAUGUUGUUAUAUCUGGUUGGCAAUCUGUCAGCUAUUUUUCGGAUACCAAAACCGUUUGCUGGUUUCUAGAACCAGGUUUCGCAAAUGCAGUUACUAGAUUGCACAAGCUAGUUGGAAAUGCUGAGACUGGGAACCGGCACAUCGUGGUUGGGACAGGAUCUACCCAGCUGUUUCAGGCUGUAUUAUAUGCCCUCUGUCCAUACGAUGCUCCAGAGCCAAUGAGUAUUGUAUCUGCUGCCCCAUUUUAUUCGUCAUACCCACUGAUCACCGAUUGCUUGAAAUCUGGGCUCUACAAGUGGAGAGGUGAAGUCGAUGACUUCAACAAAGAAGCUCCCUAUAUAGAGCUUGUUACUUCCCCAAACAAUCCUGAUGGAUCAAUCAGGGGAGCUGUGUUCAAUGGGAGCGGACAAAUAUUGGUUCAUGACGUAGCUUAUUAUUGGCCUCAGUAUACUCCAAUUUCUUCUAGGGCAGACCAUGACAUAAUGUUGUUCACCCUAUCCAAAAGCACAGGACAUGCUGGGAUGCGCUUAGGAUGGGCACUUGUGAAAGAUGAAGCAAUUGCGAAAAAGAUGGUCAAAUUUGUAGAGAUAAGCAGCAUUGGUGUCUCUAAAGAUUCACAAGUCAGAGCUGCUAAAAUCCUGGAUGUUAUAAGCGAUUCAUACGAGGACUCAAAAGCCUCAAAUGAAAGCAAACGCUUCUUUGAUUAUGCCCAGGAGGAAAUGGCUAAGAGGUGGAGUCAACUGCGGGAGGUAGUCAACAAAGGCCAAGCGUUUAGUUUGCCUGUCUUACCUGCUGGAGAAUGCAACUUCAGCCAUCAUACAUUUGCAACACAGCCUGCUUUUGCCUGGCUGAAGUGUGAGCAGGUAGAUGACUGUGAGAGUUUUCUGAAGACGCACAAGAUAUUGACAAGAGGCGGGGUACAUUUUGGUUCUACUAAAAAGUAUGUUAGGGCUAGUUUGAUAGGUCGGGAGGAGGACUAUAACGAGUUUAUUCGAAGAUUGUCCUUGAUAAACUCCGGCGAGUCUCCAUGAUUGUAAACAGAGCUAGAGCUAGUUAGUAGUACAAAGUAGUUGCUAAAAUGUUAAGAAAUAUUGACUGCUCUCUAUAAUUUAUAAAAAAAAAUGAGUAUAAUCUCUAUAAAUAUAUAUCGAAGAUUUGCCCCCA